CCAAAAUUCACACAGCAGUGUUAAAUCCUCCGCUAAAUCAUACUCUCGGACAUUACCUGAAACAACAGGCACGGACACCUCCCCCUGUCUCUUGAUGAAUUGGCUACCUCAAGUUCAGAGGCAUAGGAGAGCAGUUUGGGGGCGUUAAGCACUACACAGUACUCAAGAGGAAAAUCCCUUAAAAAGUCACUUGUCCACACACACUGAGUAAUGCGUUGAGGAAACGCCUAUGCAGGUGGAUCCCUCACCAAUGAAUGUAGGGGAUGGAGGGACGGUAAGCAGAGAGAGCAGUGCCCCUACCCAGGUGUCUGAGAGCAUGGUGGGGAAUCCACAGCAGACACUGCCUCAUGAACUCCGAGGUGAUGUACCUCAAAGUCAGCAAAACAAGCCGAGGACAACCACAGACUGCAAAACGCCCAACGUCUGCUCAGAGACCAGCAAUUCAAACCAUUGUCCCCAAGUUCCCCCUGCCCAACCUCAUAACAAUGAUCCUGUGUUCAACAAUGAUUCUGUGAGCACGCUGAUGCCUGACAGGACUGAGUUUUCCAAAGGCAAGGUUGAUGGUGCUGGCAUCAACUCCUCUCACCAGUGGCCUUGCGGUAAAAUGGUCAGCACAAAAGACCCCGUGAGCUCUAUUCAUAGUGGUAUAAACCUAAACAAGAAGACUAACACACUAGCACCUACCCAGCCUGUGAUAAGCGUUCCUUUAGGGUUUCAGUGUUCCACGCUGUUCAAACCAAGCCAGCCUGUUGCUUUCCUUCCCUCCUCCAACUUUUCUUCUCCUCUCUGUAAGAUCACCUUGCCUCCAGGGUUAGGUCAAAUUGCAGCACUGAGAGAAGCCACAGCUAGCCAGUUUCAAAAGGACUGUCCAGCGCAAAGCCCUUGUUCAAGUACGGCACCCAUGCUCAAAACAUACCCAUACCACUUUACUGUGGGGAGGGGGCCUGGUGCUGAGAAGAAGCCUCCAUAUUCAGCAUCUAAAGUCAGGUGUGACUCUUUGUCCAAUAGUAAGGGCUUUCAAGGUGGAGCUGAGCAUAAAGCCACAAUGUCCUCCACAGCUCUAGCCCUUCCAGUACAACAGGCCACUCAAGGCUCAGCUCCACCAACCCAUUACACUAUCUCUCCCACUGCUGCCAUCUGCUGCAGCCCGGCUCUGGCUAAUAUCACCACUCAAAGCAGGCUGUUUAGCCUGGCAGAAAAAGGUUCAACAUACCAAGGUGCUGAAAAGACCUCAUUGGCGUAUUUGAAACCAAAAACUCUGUCUACUCCUGAGGAGCACAAUAUUUCCUGCCCCACUGAGUCAAGGGAUGUGCCCCUUGAUCUGUCUGCAAAGUCCAAACGACAAAAAAGUUUUAAAGAUGCUCAAAACAACCCCUCAGUGGCCAUGGAGCAUCGUUCUGCUGAGACUCAUCAGAAAAAUGUCACUAGUUCAAAAAAAGUCCAUUCUGCUUCUUUUAGCUCAGCCGGUACAUACGGCCAUCAUCCAGACACCCAGAGAAAUGGUGCAAAUAAAAAAUCAUUUUCAAAACUAACAAAUCACCAUGCUUUGGAACCCACUGCAUCCUGGGCCAAAGGUUCAUCUCCUGGCUCCUUAAACAACCUGCCUGGUACAUAUGUAGGAGUUGCAAGUCCGAUUCUAGCAUCUACCUUACGUAGCAAAGAUGGAAAAAGUGCAGCUUUUGUUGAAGAUAUUCAGACAUUUGCUAAACAGGAAACCAUCUCGAUAAUUGACCAAGGAGAACAGCCAAUUUGUAGAGAUAGGAAAGCACCCUUUUUUGUUAAAGGUGCCCAGCAUAAUAAAGCUGGUAAGCUCGCAACAGGUACCUGCUCACCUGGAGCACAAGGAUUUGUACCCACCCCAUUGGCUGCUACAGCAAAUUCAUAUCCCCACCGGAAGUCUAGUGGUGGAAAAAGAGGUGCCCUGUUCACACAUCCGGUUAAAUCAUUGUGGCAACCGCCUUCGCCUUGUGUUCUUUCCCAAGGAGCAACGCUACAGAAGAGGCCAAGUCAGAUUCAAACCCCAAAGACUAAGGGCACUCUCAGUUGUGAGAGAGCCCUGUUCCAUAACUCCCAGUUAAGCCCAACUAAAGUAGAAGACGAAAAGUGGGAGAAAGCCAAAUCCCCCCUAUCCAACCUGGAGUCAAUAGUGAAGCAAAAAACCCUUGAGACCACUGCACUUACUGGUGAGAACUACUGUAAUCUGUCUGCUGUGGGAUCCAAGAGGCCUGAGGUGGCCAGCCUACAGAAUAGGUGUCAGGACUUCACGUUGCAGCAGACUCUUUCCUCUGGCUCUACUUCAUUCAGAGCCAUAGAAGGACAGGUCAUCAAGUCAGACAGAAACUCUCCACACACAGAAGCCACAGCAACUCUAUGUAGACAGGAGGUCACAACUGUUCCUGUGUCCAAGGAAAAGGGACGAGAGAAACAGGUGAAACAGACUGAAAAUCUGGCAUCUGAUGGCUGUCAAAAAAUAAAAUCCAGUACUCCAAGUAAAAAGAGUACUUUCAGUGUAGGAGAAUGGAAGGAGAGGAAAUUGGCUCAACAGUUAAACGAUGAAACGGCAAAAGAGGAGAAGGCAUCAGAGAGAAUACAUUCUUCUCAUGUUAAGGUAGAGGGGGUAGUCUUAUCCCUCCUUCAGAGCCAGACUGUAGAGGCAGCAGAGGGGGAGAGAAAAUUGAAUGGAGCCAAAGAAGAGAUAACUUCCAAAGGAAAAGCAAAAGCCACCAAGCCGAAAAAAGUAAGAAAACCACCCAAGGAGGAGACACCGCCUGAUAUGGAGAAAACACCUCCUAAUAUUCAAAAGAAGACUAUGACAAAAACUAAGAAGCAAAAAGAUAUAGAGAGUCCAUCCAUCCAGCAGGGCUCCUCCCAUAAAAAGAAGAAAGACACAUUGCCUGCAUUGGGAAAAAGUAUGCUGAAAGAUGGAACAGACCCAGCCCCCAAAGUAGGGGGAAAGACUCGCAAAGGGAAAAGCAGUCCAGCUAAUAUGGAGCACUCUGUCUCAAACAAAAUAGAUUCUGAGAGCAGUCCAUGCAGAAAUCCUCAGGUUGAGAGAGACUCAAGCUCUCUCAGCAGCCCAGGUUGGCCUUGUAAGGAAUCAGUCUCCCAGGAGGAGGCCUCUCCACGGCUGAGGCGAGGGCGUAGAAGGACCGAUGAAGCUUUGCUCCGAGACUGGAGCUUCGCUGCUCCACCUACUCCUCCCCCUCUCGGUCCCCAACCUACACCACCGCCCACCCCACCACCCCCUGUGCCAAUCCGCCGACCGCGCGGUAGGCCUCGGAUCAAUCCUCUUCCUGAAGAGGUGGAUGCAGAUAAGGAUAGGCUCAGUGAGGGUGGAGACACCUCCUCAAUAAAGAAAAGGAAACGCUGCAAGAAUCGUAAAUAUCAGAAUGGGGAAUACAUCACAGAGAAGGAUAAGGUGGCAGAUGGAGAGGAGAAGCUGGGUGUGGAAGAUGGUGAGGCCACUAAUGAGAAGAUGGGCAUGUACCCUUGUCUCAGUGCCACGCUGACCAGUGGAGUGCCCAGCCCUGACAUCAGCCCUAGGCGGACACUGUUCACACGCUCGGGCUCGACACUACCUCAAGAGAGUCCUCCCGCCCCACUGCUUAACGACAAACCCUCUGGGAAGAGGAAGUUUAAAAGUAAACACUUAUGUGAUGCAGAUGAUCAGAAAAAGCUCAAGUCUAAGAGAACUAGCUUGGGCAAACACACAGGGACCCUCAUACCAGAUGAGGAUGGUCCUGUUGCCAAGAAAACCCCAAUACCUAACACUUCACCCAAGCAGUCAAGCUCCCCACUGUCUGGUAAAAAAGGAACAUCCGUGAAAUCAGGAAUCCUUGAAUCUACUCCAAGCCGCCCAGUGCCUCCUGAAGUUCGUCGACUGAUCGUGAAUAAGAAUGCAGGAGAGACACUGUUACAGAGAGCUGCUAGAUUAGGUUACCAGGAGGUAGUUUUAUAUUGCUUGGAAAAGGAUGUGCGAGAGGUGAACCGCCGUGACAACGCAGGUUACACGGCACUGCACGAGGCCUGUGCACGUGGCUGGACUCACAUCGUAGAGGUGCUGCUAAAACAUGGCGCAGAUGUUAACUGCAGUGCACAAGAUGGAACACGCCCUAUUCAUGACGCAGUUGCAGCCGAUAAUCUAGCAGCAGUCUGGAUGCUGUUAAAUCACGGGGCAGAUCCCACACUUGCAACUUACUCUGGUCAGACUGCAGUUAAACUCGCCCAGAGUCCCGGAAUGAAAACUUUCCUCAAAGAGUACUUCACCGAUAUAGAGGGACGAACUGACCAAGAUAGUCUACAGUGGGAUUUCUACAGUAGUUCUGUGUUCGAAACAGAGCAGGAAUCUUGCUGGGACUUUCUAUUGUCUCAGCCUGAGGAUGAAGGUGGGGAGCAGGUGAAAGAGAGAGAUGCUGAUACAGACUGUCUUCUGUUUGAGUUCUCCUCUGAGCCCCUCCUACUCUGCUACCAUGUUCAAGUAUCAUUAUCGCAGGGUUUUUGCAACUGGUUCUUGCUAACAGACGUGCUGAAGCGGCUAAAGAUGUCAGCACGGAUUUUCCGGGCUCGGUACCCUCAGUUUGAGGUGGCCACCAUCGCCCAAGCAGAGCUGUGGAAACAGGUCUCCGUCAGUCAGACGUGCACAGCCCCUGACAAACUCCAGCCAGGUGAGGAAGAUGACGGAGAGGCGACGGUGGAGCUGGUGCGCUGCAUGCCUGAGUUACAGGGACUGUUAGGAUCCUCCAUACAGAUCCUCAGAGAAAAUGAGGAUGAGACAUCAGGGGUCACCGCCAGCCCCUGCAGUCGAUAGCAACUCCUGCUCUAUAUCUGUUUGCAGGCCCAGAACAAUCCCUCUGCACUCGCUCCGGUCUCUCUACAGCCGUUAGAUCUAAAUGGGGAGCAGCGAGGUGCUGUCCACAGUCGUGGUCUCUCAGUGAAGGUCCUUGCCAUUGCAACUGAUUGCCUGUUACCAGUACCAGCACUUUGUAUAGUCAGUGUCAGCCAGGAAGGUCCUAUUUUCUCAAAGACAUUCUUAUCAUAGGCCACCUUCCCCCUCAGUAUUGAAAGGGGCCCUAGGGAGCGACUUUGCCAUGCCCUUACCCCAGGGAGAAAGGCUGGGGACGGACUCCACUGGGAAUAAACUUUCAGGUUCCUAUCUGUGGGUAUUUUUCAAUAUUCAAUAAUUCUGUUUUGUUUUUUUUUUUUUUAUAAACAAAUGUAUAAGUAAAUAUAUGUAUAUCUUGACAUCAGGGUGAACGCAUAUGGGUGUAACUUAUCAUGUUUUUAUGUUUGUUAUUGAUGGUAUGCGAGUCCAAUAGAAGGAGUGGUAAUCCAAGCCUUUUUUAUCUUGAUAAACUAAAUGUUUGUAGCUAAGAGACUUACUUCAAGCUAACAGCGACAGGAAUGCAUUUGGGCCAGAUGGUUCCUGUGUACACCUUCCAGAGUCUUGCUGCCCUGAGAAGCCCCCUAACCUACAGCAUAUGUUCCUCCGUACCUCAGCAGCACAGCUCUCACAAUGAAGCUCUGCCUAGAUCAUUACACCUUUCCUAGCUACACUCACUAUUGUUUCAUUUGCAUUGUAGCAGGCACAGGAUUGUACCCUUCCAUUCCUGUGACAUCCAACGAUUGUUUAAUUUUUGCUGUGAAGAUCAGCAGGUUGAUCAUUAGUCAUAAAUUAUUUUAUCCACAAUUGUUUUAAGAUAUCAAAAGGUAUCUGCCUUCUGAACUGGUAUCGACCUUGAAAAUGAAGUGGUAAACAGAAAACAAGCCUGUGGAAUGCUUUUGUUUUUGGAGGUUUUUUUUUUGUUGUUGUUGUUUUUACUUUUCUAGAGCCAUUUUUCUAGAUUCUGUCUUUAACUGCUUUCUAGUGCUUAUUGAAAAAGGACUCCACUCUGAUCUUCCCAUUCUCAUUUUUUCCUGGUGUACCAGAUUCUGGCGUGCUUUGCUGCACAUGGUGUGUUUUAUUUACACUGAUUACACUAUGUAACACAGUUUUUGUUCCUGGGUAGUAAGUGUUAUUUCCUAAUUGCUUAUGCCUCAAAAGUAUAGAAAAUGUAUAGAAAUGGAUUAUUCCCCACAAACUUUUGCUUUUGUGACCAGGACAGUGAUAUUUUGAAAUUUACCUAUUUCCAAUGAGAAAACGGGUGAAUUUUUUGUCUUUUCGUUCACAUAAAGUCAGAAAAAAACAACAACAUAUGAAUCCUUCUUUAUCUGUGGCUUUAUCUUUAUUUUACCGGCUUUGACCUUUGCUUCAGACAGCUUAGGGAAGAAGUCUUGAAGGUACUUGACGGCUGCCGACUCCUUAUCUAGAGCUUUGUCAAAUUGUUUCAUAAGGCCCAAUUUGAUGUGCAUUGGUGGCAUCAGCACCUUCCGGGGGUCCACCAGUGGCUCCCACUUGAUGUUGUUCCUCCCCAAAGAGAACUUGGUCCGUUAUGAUCAGUACUGCCUGUGGUAGUGCGCCUUGGUGUCCCUGCUGUCCCAAAGGCAAAGAUAGCAGGGAAACUUGGUAAAACCGCCUUGAAGACCCAUCAGGAAUGCCACCAUUUUGAAGUCUCCUGUGACCUCCCAGCUGCACUCAUCAUACUUCAAGGCAUCCAGCAAGGUCUUGAUGCAGUUGUAAUCCUCUUUGAGGUGCACAGAGUGAGCCAGGGGAAGAGACGGGUACUUGUUACCAUUAUGGACCAGUACGGCUUUGAAUAUUACUUUAGUAUAAAUACAUGUUCAUUUUUAUUCAUAUGUUGUUUUUUUCUGACUUUAUGUGAACGAAAAGACACAAAUUUGCCCGUUUUCUCAUU